AUGGUAAGUUUUUAUUUAAGUAUUCUUAUUCGUUAUAAAUUAUUGUUUAUUUACCCUUAUUAAUUGUUCCGUAGUGACUAUAAAUCGUGGUGAUAGAAUCUGUUACAUCAGCCCAUGUUCGGCCAUGUGGACUCUAUAAUAAUUUAAUAAUACUAAUAGUUUCUUCUUAAUUUCUAUCUGUAGUCGAAAUAUUAACUUGAUCAACUAUCUAGCCAUCGACUUACAAUUUUGUGAUAUAUUCGAGUAUUUGUUGUAAUUUGUUAAAUUUGUUGACCUAACCUCACUUUCGAUAUAAUAUAAUUUUUUAUACGUAUUGUCAUUAAUUUGUAAUUAUACGCGUUUUCACUUUUAAUAUAUACAUUGUACUUUUACGUUAGUAUAAAAGUACUUUAAUUUUAUAUGUUAAAAUAGUUAAAUUUCAUUAAAAAGUUUUACAAAAAAAUAAUGUUAGAAUGUUUAAAAUACCUGUAUUGGGUUACAAAAUACUAUCCUAUUAUUAAAUAUUUAUUUACUAUUAUAACUGAAUCAUUUUUAGUGUAAAUUUAUUAAUAAUUUUAGUUUUUUUGAUAGGUUGUUAAUAAUCCUAUUUUAUCAAAACACAUGUAAAAUUGUAUUACAUUGAAGUAGUUCCCUUAAACAAUUAAUAAUUAUUACUUUUAGGCUUUAUCUACAGCUCGGCCGUUAGUUUCUGUGUAUAGUGAGAAAAAUGAAGAAACUGGAGAAACUGUAGCUCUUGCUACUGUGUUCAAGGCACCUAUCAGACCAGAUGUGGUUAGCUUUGUCCACGACAAUAUUUCAAAGAACAGUAGACAACCCUAUGCAGUUAGCAAACUAGCCGGUAAGCUAAUAUUUUAUGAUAACUAUAUCAUCAAAUAUUUCUUAAUUUCUUCCCCUUGUGUUAUAAUUAUAUUAUGCAUUUAGGUCAUCAAACUAGUGCUGAAUCAUGGGGUACUGGACGUGCUGUUGCUCGUAUUCCCCGUGUCCGUGGUGGUGGUACUCAUCGCAGUGGUCAAGGAGCCUUUGGUAACAUGUGUCGUGGUGGUCGAAUGUUUGCCCCGACCCGUAUAUGGAGGCGUUGGCAUAGAAAAGUUAAUGUUACACAAAAACGUUAUGCUACAGUUUCAGCAAUUGCUGCUUCUGGUGUACCUGCUCUUGUUAUGUCUAAAGGUAAUUCUAUUUUAUUGAAGAAUUAAAAGAGUUUACAUGUACCUUAAAUGUCCACAUUUGAACAAAAUUAUUAGUUUAUUAUGUUUUAAAGUGUGCUAAAUUAAAUUAAUUUCAUCAGCGUACUCUUAUAAAAUUGUUUAUUUUUUUAAGAGUUCCAAUGAAAUUGAAUAAAUUUAGUAUUGUUUAUGAUAAUAUUUCUCUAAGUUUUAAAUUUUGUUUCCUAUUGUUAAUGUACAGUGAUGUCACUGCUUAAAGCACUGGGUUAUAAUUGCCUGUGAUUACUUAACAAGUAUUUAUUUAUGUAAUAUCUAGUCGAGUACAUUCAAAAUUUUUUAGAUCGAGUGUAUUCUAAUAAUCAAGCAACAGUUGUAAAAUUACAUAAUGUUUGAAAUAAUAAUGCAAAUUAACUGUAGAAUAAAUUACAUAUUGUUUCAGCAUUACAAAAUGACAACAUAGUGUUAUAUUGCUAAUUAAUUUUUUUUUUUUUUCUUAUGAUGACAUUCUUUACAGAGCAUUGGGUUAUGAUUUCAAUGAUUACUUUUACGUUGACACAGUCUGAUAAUAAUUAAAUUUAAAUUUUGUUUUUUGUGAGCUAUAGCUGUAGAGUACAUUUUAAUGAAAAACUGAAAAUGUAUAUUAUUUUUAUAAAUUGUGAAAUUUAUACUGCACAUGGCAUAGUCUUAUACUUAUGUAUUCGCACAAAACCAUUUGAUCGUUUAGUGCAUAUAUUAACCUUGUGCUUUCUAGGCGUUGCCUCACUUAAUUUUAGUAUUAGUGGUGGCGGCAAGAGUAUCAUAUAAUUUUCUAUUAAUUAUAAGGUUUUGUUUAAAAUGAUGACAUUCUUUACAGAGCAUUGGGUUAUGAUUUCAAUGAUUACUUUUACGUUGACACUGUCUGAUUAUAUUAACAUAUAAAAUAUGCAUUUUGUGUGAUCUAUUAUAUAGAGAAAUUUAAAACCAUAAACUGAUUCUUAUUUAAGUACGAAAUAUUAUUAGUAUAGGUUGAAGAAGUACUAAACUUGCACAUGGUGUAGUCAAAUACAUAUGUAUUCGUACAGAACCAUUUGAUCGUUUAGUGCAUAUAUUAAUUUUGUGCUUUCUAGGCGUUGCCUCAUUUAAUUUUAUUAUUAAUUGUGGCGGCAAGAGUAUCUUACAUGUUUCAGCAAAAUGUUAGCAGUAUUUUUAUAAUAGUUUCUUUGAAUUAAAUAUAUUAAAUAAUAUUUAUUUGUUUAUUAAUUUAAAAUUUCUAUUAUAUUAUUUAAGGUCAUUUGGUUCAGGAAAUACCUGAAUUUCCAUUGGUUGUUUCUGAUAAGAUACAAGAAUACACUAAAACAAAGCAAGCUACCAUUUUCUUACAUCGUAUUAAAGCAUGGAAUGAUGUCCAAAAGGUAAAUAAUUGAUGAGAAUAAGAAUUCAAAGAAUUAAAUUACAUUUGUACUUUUGUACUUAAACUAUUUCUGUGUAGGUGAUCAAGUCUCGGCGUAUACGAGCAGGUAAAGGAAAAAUGCGCAAUCGUCGUCAUGUUCAACGCAGAGGACCAUUGAUUGUAUACAGCAAAGAUCAAGUAGGAUAUUAUUAUUUUUUUUUUUUAUCCAAUUAUUCUUAAAUCCUGAAUGCACUUUAUUAUAUAGAGUUAAAUAAUUAUGAUUUAUACUCAUACAUUCUUAUUGUGCUAUACAAUUUGAGGUCUGAUCUUUCCUAGUCGGCUUGUGCUUGUAUUGGGGACAAACUUACCAUACAAAUUAUAACAUGUGUAAUAAUAAAACAUUGAAACAUUAUAUAUUACUUUUACAACCAAAACUACUUGAAUUUUUUAACUCAGAAAUUAAACUUUAGUUCCAAUUGACCAUUGGUAAUUACAAUUUUAAAACACUGGCACAAUUUCACACUUUAAUGUUGAUUCAUAAUUUUUUGAGUGUUCUUAUUGUGCAACAUUAAAAACUUAAUAUUUCACAGUCGCUGCUAUAGUUAUUUAUUUGCUGCAUACUCCAAAAUAAUUACAAAAUUUAAAAGUUAAUUAAUUUUAAAUUCAUAAUCACUUCUAUAUAUUUUAAAGUCAAUAUAAUACUAAUAAGAAUGGUAUAUUGAAAGCACAUAUAAAUGUCCAACAUCAAUAUUGAAAAUUUACUGAAAUGUUACCGUACGUGUGCAAAAUUAAAUUUUUAUUUCAAGGCGUACCCUAGAUAUAUUAAUACUUGCAUCUUUUGGGUUCCAUUGAAAUUAAACAUAACAAAAUUUUAAAUGUAUUAUUGCACAAUUUCACACUUUAAUUAUUGAUUCGUAAUUCUUAUGAGUGGUCUUAUUGUGCUAAAUUAAAAAUUAUUUUACAGUCGCCGCUUUAAUUAUUUAUUUGCUGCACACUCCAAAAUAAUUACAAAAUUUGAAAAGUGUGUUCAUGAUUAUUAGCACUUAAAAUUUGUAGUGUAAGAAACAUUUUAAAUGCACAUAUAAAUGUCCAACAUCAAUAUUAAUAAUUUAUUGAAAUGUUACCGUACGUGUGCAAAAUUAAAUUUUUAUUUCAAGGCGUACCCUAGAUAUUUUAAUACUUGCAUCUUUUGGGUUCCAUUGAAAUUAAACAACAAACUUUUUAAAAUACUAUGAUAUAAAUUCUCACUUUAAUUAUUAAUUUGUAAUUUUUAUGAGUGCAAAAUUGAAAAUUAUUUAUUGCAUGUCCAAAUUAUAAUGUUGUUUAUUGUCAUUUAUGUGACAACAUAAUAUAACUCAUUCUCUUCAGUUCAUAAACAAAUCUCAAAAAUUAAGAAUAAAAUGGUAAAUCACAUGUGUUAAUAUGAAUAUUUUUAUUUUUGAUUGUUGAGCAUAAUUAAGGAAUGUUUCUUAGUAUCUACUCUUUGUUUAUGUAUUGAUAAUAUACUCUAAGGCAGUUUUAAAUCAUGUAUUUGCAAAUAAUGUGAGGCUUUGCAAUUGAUUUAAUUUAUUUAAAUUUUAAAUUUGUUUAUAAUCUAGUUUUAAUAACAGAGAACAAUUUUUAUUUAUGUGCAAGUGAUUUAAUAAUUCUUUAUUUCCUUCAGAUUCUAACAAUUAAUCUUUAUGAUAGAUAUUUAAAUAAUAAAACUUUAUUAAAUUUGUAAAAUGAUUUUGUAGGAUAGUAUUUCUUAUGUAUUUGGUUUAGAUUUAAUAGAUUUUUUUUAUUUUUAUUAGGGUUUAAGGAAGGCUUUCCGUAACAUUCCUGGUGUAGAUUUGAUCAAUAUCAGGAAAUUAAACUUGUUGCAUUUGGCUCCUGGUGGUCAUGUUGGACGUUUUAUCAUUUGGACACAAUCUGCUUUCCAAAAGUUAGAUGAUCUUUAUGGUACAUGGGAUAAAAAAUCAACUCUUAAGAGCGGUUACAAUUUACCAUUCCCCAAAAUGUCAAAUACCGAUCUGACUAGGAUUUUCAAAUCUGAUGAACUCAAGAAAUAUUUGCCACCUAAGAGGUAAGAUGCAAUACAUAUAUUUAAUCACUAUAAAAUUAAAUUACAUGUUGAGAUAAUUAUGUUAAUAUAUAUAAUGAAAUUUAAGUAUUGCAUAUGAUGAGAUAAACUUGGUCCGUGUUAUUGAUAUUAUAUGAUAACAUACAAGAUUUUUAAACUUCUGAUUUGAUAAUAAAGUAUUAAUAUUUCUAAUGUAGUUAUAUAAUAUGAUGAGAAGAAUGCUUGGUCCGUGUUAUUGACAUUAUAUGAUAACAUACAAGUUGUUUUAACUUCUGAUUUGACAAUAAAGUAUUUAUAUUUUUAGUGUAGUUAAAUAAUAUGAUGAGAAGAAUGCUUGGUCCGUGUUAUUGACAUUAUAUGAUAACAUACAAGUUUUUUUUAAACUUCUGAUUUAAUAAUAUUAAUACAUAUGAAAAUAUUUGUUGAUCUGUAAUACAGAUAAUAUAAAUAUAAUAAUAUAAUAAUAAUAUCUUGAUAGUAUAAACAUUUUUUUUAAAAAUUACUGAUUGAUGUAUAGGAAUCAAAUUCUCAAUGUGUGAAAUUGAUAAAAAAUAUUUAUUGCUAAUAUUUUAAUAAUACACCAAAUUGGACAUGAUGUAAAUUUUAUUUUUUGAAAUAUGAUGAUUUUUAAAAAUUAUGCUUUGUUUUAAUUUCUGAUCCAAUUAUUUUUUACUUAACAACUAUGUAGACUUAACACAUUCACUUGAAUUAGUUUAUAUUAUAAUGAUUGAUAAUUUUAUUUUCGUAUGUAUUGAACAUGAUGUAUAUUAUAUUUUUGAAAGUAUUAUGAUAUUUAAAAUUAUGCUUUGUUUUAAUUACUGAUUCAAUAAUUUGUUAUCCUCGUAAUACAAUUGAAUUUCUUCAUUUAAUUAUAAUAAUAAAAAAUACAUUUAUUGGAGAUAAUAGAGUAGUUGAAAAAUGACGUGAAAAUAAGGUUGAUUAUGAUAUUUUUAAAAAAAUGCUGUUUUAUUAAUUGCUGAUUCAAAUAAUCAAAUUAUUUGUAAUCAUUUUUUGGUUUUUAUAAACGUUAACUACAGGCCUCACAAAUUUUUUUUUUUUUAGGACUGGAUCAAUACGUCGUACUCGCAAGUUAAAUCCAUUGAAACAUGUGCGUACAAUGUUAAGAUUGAAUCCUUACAUAACUGUCCAGAAACGUGUUGCAAGCCAAGAAAAUAAAUUAAGAGCGUUGGCUCGUGAAACUUAUUUGGCUAAAAAAGAAGGCGUAAGUGAAACAUUUACCAAUUGUCUGAUUUUGUUUAGGAUAAUAAUAAGUUUUAUUUUAUCCAUAGUAAAUAAAUUUGGCAAUAAAUAAUUUGUUUAGUUGGGUAAUUUUAUAAUUUGUUGUUUAGAAACCAACUACAGAAAAGGGGGAGAAGAUAUUGAAGCGUUUUAUCGCCGAGAAGAAAGUAUUACGUGCUGCUAAAAUCAAGGCAAAGAAGGUUAUUGCAGUUAAGGGUUUACGUGAUAUCCAUGAAAAAAAAUUGGAAGCAUAUAGAAAGCGACUCGCCGCCCGGGAUGGUGCCCCACCUACCAAGAGGUGCAAAAAGCAAUUGCCUAAGCCAAAACCUAAGACCAAGACAGAUGACAAGGGUAAAAAACCCAAACCUGUUGCUGCUAAGGCAGUACCAAUUGGUAAAGCUGGUAAAUCUAAGGCAUGA